AAACCAGAUCCUUUGUGUGUUGUUAAUAAAAAAAAAACGCAAAAACCCGUUGCAAAACCAGUUUUCGUGCGUGCGUGCGUGCUGUGCCGUGCACCAGUUUUGCACGCGUGCAAAAGUGUUUGUGUGGUGUUUUCUCUGUGUGUGUGUGUAUCUAUGUGACAGAGUGAAUCUCCGCCAUGAGAUCGCGAUCCUCUUGAGAGCGGUUCACAGCGUAAAGGCCCCGCCACUCCUUUGCAGCCUGCUGCUCGUCACGAUCGGUUCGGACGCACCCAUCAAACGGAACGAGCAGAAACGCACGGAGGCACACACCAGAGAUAUCGUUGCCAGAGCGUGUGGGAUCGUGGUGGAAUGUAUCUAAAUCCAUCGGCACUAUCAAAUGCAAGCGGUGUAAAGCUGGUGUAAAAGACCCGAGGGUUUUUUCUUUUUGGGCAGAGCAAUCCCGGGCUGCGAUAAAACGUGCAUAUGAGAUAGAGUGAAAGGAACGGAAGCAGCAUUAUCGAGCAGGACGAACGGGGACAGAGAAAACCACACACACACACACACACACCCAACUGCCUCAGCUCUAUCAGUAUUUCGAUAUCGUUCCGCCUCUAUCGGAUGUCGGCAUUUGCGUCCAAAACCUUUGCGACCUAGGGGCAAAAGUUGUGCGACCAUCAACUGAUACAAGUGCGGAUUCCCAUACAGACACACCAGAGAGCAACGCAUCGAAACGACUGAGCGCAGGAAACGGGGAGCGGCCGCAAAUCCCCAUGACGCGAACGUUCCAGCAAAUCCAGUAACCACCACAACAAUCAAUCGAACAAACCAACAAAAAGAAGAAGAAGGAACAGCAAGAAUCAUCGCAAUUUUAUCAAUCAAUCAACACCCGUAGUGCAAGCAAGCGAAGGGAACGAGGAGUUACUGCGAAAAUGCCGAAAUGUGACGUCAAGACGAGAUACAUCCCUGCCACGUUCGCCUGGACCCUGCUGCUCAGCACCACCUUCCUGUUUUUCUGGUAUCCAUGUCGGCAGUUCUACAUCCAGCGGCACCCAUGGGUACCGGCAUACCAGGCCGUCAUCACGUUCUUCGUCAUAGCGAACUUUACGCUGGCAACCUUUAUGGAUCCAGGCGUUAUACCGAAGGCUCCACCAGACGAAGACCGGGAGGACGAGUUCCGUGCGCCGCUGUACAAAAAUGCCGAAAUCAAUGGCAUUACGGUGCGCAUGAAAUGGUGCGUGACGUGUAAAUUCUACCGGCCGCCACGCUGCUCCCACUGCUCCGUGUGCAACCACUGCAUUGAGACGUUUGACCAUCACUGCCCCUGGGUAAACAACUGCAUUGGCCGGCGGAACUAUCGGUUCUUCUUCUUCUUCCUCAUCUCGCUCUCGGUGCACAUGCUGAGCAUAUUUUCGCUCUCGCUCGUGUACGUGCUGCACAAGGAAAAGGACAAGCUGACCGAGGUGGAACCAAUCGUGGCCAUGAUUUUGAUGGCAAUCGUAACCCUGCUCGCCAUUCCGAUAUUCGGGUUGACCGGUUUCCACAUGGUGCUGGUAUCGCGCGGUCGCACCACCAACGAGCAGGUGACGGGCAAGUUCAAGGGUGGAUACAACCCGUUCUCGCGCGGCUGCUGGAACAACUGCUGCUACACCCAGUGCGGACCACAGUACCCGAGCUUGCUUAAGCCACAAAAGUACGUGGCCCGCCGUUCGAACAAAGAGAACCAAUCGAUCAGCACCAUCACCAAUGACGGUGGUCCCGGCGGCGGUGGUGGUGAUGCUGCCGGUUCGGGUCGCCGCCACAUGCCAAACAGCGGGCCCGGCGGCAGUGGACCCGGCACCCAGCAGCAGCAGCAGCAACAGGCACUGAAUCAGGGCGGUGGCAUCUACGAUAAUAACCGGCACACGCAGGUAAAAACCUAUAUGGAUCAUGGCAAUGGUCACGGUAUACGUACAGUUGGAUCCAGUCAUUACAGUAAGUCCGCGGCGGAUUAUGCGCAUCUCGUAUCAUCCCAUUCCGUCUCGCUAAAGGCACUCACGCAAGGCACCACCGCGGAUGAGCUGUCACCGGGCCGCGAGUGCUCCGAUAUCGAUAUGGAACCGCAGGCCUCACAGAGCCGGGACUGCGAACCGACACCUCCGCUGCAACGUCACGGGUCGAAGAGCAACUUUUUCCUGCCACCGCUAGACGGUCCACCGGUCGGUAUGGGAUCGCAGGUGAGCAGCGGUGGCGACUCUCCACGUCAGCAGCAGCAGCAGCAGCAGCAGCAUAUGCGCAUGUACCAUCCGCGGCAUAGUCCGCAUCCACGGCAGCGAGGACUCGAUCCGUCCCGUAGCUUCACACCGGAGGGUCUGUCGCCUGACCAUCCCGGUGGUCCCGGUGGUCCCCCACCGAUGAUCACGAUACAGUCACAGCAGCAGCAGCAGCAGCAGCAACAACAGCAGGGUGUACCACGUGGAGGAGGUCCACCUUCUUCGGCGACACCUACCAUGCAGCAAAGGAUCAAGGCGCUCGGAGUCGCCACACCGUUGGCCAUGUCCAGUCCUGUGCGAAGAUCGAACCCCGGCACACCGACCCAACCGAGGAGGCCCGAUUUCAUCAGCGUUGGUCAACAGUCCCAGCUGCAGCAACAGCAGCUUGGUGGCAGCGGCUCCAUGACCGGCAAUUACUACGAUUUCCCCCUGCAACCUCAACCGCAGCAACAGCAGCUUCCACCACAGACGAUGGCACUGCACCAGACAACAGGUCUUCCCCCACAGCAUCCCUACCAUCAGCAGCAGCAGCAGCAGCAGCAGCAGCAGCAACAGCAGCAACAACAGCAGUACCCGAUGGUGCAUCACAAUGGAGGUCUUGCGGGACCUCCGGGCGGGCAACCGUCUCAGCAGGCCCUCCGGGGUGGCAACUCUGGACCAUCGGUCGUCUAUCAUCACGGUAGCCCGCAGCGCCGCUACCUGUCCGAGGGUGAGCUUGUGCGGCAGGGUGCAGAACUGUCCUACGCGCGCAACAACCAAACGUCCGACAACAUCCGGGAGCUGGCCGGAAGUCCGCAGCGUGGCGUUUACCUCUGGAAGGACACGUCGCCCGGUUUCAACCAACCGAACGGUGGCCAGCAGCCACCCGUAUCGGUGUACCAGAACACGCCCAGCCCAACGGCACCGCACCAGCAACAGCAGUCGAUGGCACCCUUCGGUACGGUGAGUGCCGCCCGUUACCAGCUGCAGCAACAGCAACAGAACAGUCUCGCCAACAGCGCUGUCGGUGGUGGUAUCGGUGGUGGUGGUAAUGGGCUGGCCAGCUACCACCCAGCACUUCGCGGUGGUGUACCAGUCUUCCCCCCGCAACCUCCACCCUCCGCUCUGCAGCAACAGCAGCAACAGCAACAGCAGCAGCAGCUACUCGGUCAACAUUCGCAGCCGUCACAGCAGCAACAGUCCGGUGUCGUCGGGUUAAACGGUCCAGGUGUCCCGGGUGGUCCCCAGGCACCGUCCCCCUCAAUCAAGCGUAAAGCUACCCCGACCCGGCCCAUGUCGUUCGUGCGGGCGCUUGAGAUGACCGAUUCCAUGGAGAUGGGCGGUGGAGGUCCGCCCGGCACAGCACCAGCAGAUAUCGCCGGAACGCAACCAGGCGGUGGUGGUGGAGUGCUGGUGCGAGGUCCCGCCAACAGCAACAGCAGCACCGGUACCACCAACACCUCCCCACCCGAUCAGCGGGCCAGCGUGUACGAUAUGAACUACGAGAUUUCAGUGUAGGAACGGACAGGAGAAAUGGCAGGAGGCAGGAAGCUGCACACAACCGAUAGGGCCAGGAUAUAGCGAGCGGGCAAGAGAGAUGGAACGCACCUGCAACCAAAGCACGGAUCUCGAUUCCGUUCCCUGACGCGAGGCAACUGUAUUGGGCGAGGCAACCGCUACAACAGCCAAAGACGCAAAAGACGUCUUGCUUGUUGCUACAACAGCCAGGCACACACACACACACGCACGCACACAUUCGCUUCCUAUAUCUCGAAUAGGAUCUUUGAUUCUUGAAGAUGCGGCAUAUGCGAAGUGACGGUAUGUGUGUGUGUGUGUGUGCUGUUGCUGUAUGUGUACAUUAAACCUGUUGCGUGACUUAACGGUAGCAUCACACAAAUCCAGAGUGAGCGCUCAACAAGAAAAAAAAAACUCAAAACAAUCCAUCCCCCCUUUUCUCCAUCACCCCUCCCCACCUCCACCAUCCCGAUAUGCUCCCUCCGAUCCAGGUUUUUUGCUAUUACGUGUAUUUAUAUUUUGUACUGUGCAUAUAUAGAUACAUGUGUAUACAUGCAUACAAACAUACACACACACUCACACACACACACAGAGAUCGUUAGGUAUAUUUAUAUAAGUACGAAGGAACGAACAGAACAGUUAGUGCAGGCUUUAGAUAAUCGCUGUUGUUAUCUAGUUGUUAGGAAAGUCAUCGAUACUUUACUUCACCACCUACCAAGACUUCUUCCCUCCCCCCCCCCCCCACACCCCUUAUGUUACAUCUCAUCUCCAAGGAUGAGAAGCAAAGUGUGUGUGUAUAUCAAAAAGGUUUCUUUAUAGUUUUUUCUUUUAAUCGCACGAGACAUCUCAUCCCAGAUCUUUGUGAAGAUUCUGAGCGGGAUGUUGCUCGUGUCCUUGGCUUCAUGCUCUGUGCCAAUGAUAGCAUCACGAGUAUCGAAAUUGCGUUCCAGCUUCAGCCUUUCUUCUAGUCCGUGUUUUCCGCAAUUGCUUUGUCAUCUCUCGCCUGGAACAUCCGCCACUGAAGCGAUGCCAAAGCGAUGUCAAAAUGCGUCCUAUACGCUUGUGCGAAACACUUACCCAAGACAAACUACACCCACACACACACAUUCAGUUACAUGUGUAGUUGAUCCAGUUUUUUUUGCAAGUGUAUAGUUUUAUUAGUUUUCUUUUUGCUUAUAUUAUACUCCCUUUGGUAUUAGUGUACGGGGGAGUUAAGCCCCUUUCUUUUGAGGAUGAGGAUGCGUAGGUGUGGUAGAAAUGUCACACACUGGGGAGGGGUGGGAAAGGUGUAUUUUCUACUUUCUGUCUUUUUUUAGAGUUAAGAGCCUAGCUUUCCGUGCACGUUUAAGCCGAACAGGAGACUAGGACUUUCGAUUAUAGUCAGUAGGAAGUGUGUGUGUGUGUGUGCACGCGUGUGGAUGGUUUUUCGAUAGCAGUUGCGUUGUAUCGUACAACGUUCGAAGUUGUUUUUUUUUUGUUGUUGUUGCUGUUUUGUGUACACAAAAUGGUGUCCUCCGAUGACUGGAACACGGCUGACCAUAUUUGGUGUCCAUCCAUUGGAAGCGUGUAACGUAUGAUACGAUCGUACCGCGCCAGACCCGCGUGCUGUGCGUGUUGUAAGUGGUGUAUGUGUGUAUGUAUACGUGUGUGUAUAUAUUUAUUUAUGUAUGGUGUAGAUGUUUAAGAAAUAAAGAUGUGUAUAAUGGGAUUAAUGCGGGUUGCGCCUGCAUCGCAUCCUGUCGCGCGAUCGGUGCAAGGACGCUCUGCAGCACGGAUGACUAGGAGCGUGAACGAAGCGACUAGAGCGGGGAAAGAGUUAGGAAAGAUAAUAAGAGAGAGAGAGAGAGAGAGAUUAAAGUGCAUGUAAAGCAAGUGGCAGCAUCGUACAAGCUUAGUGAGAUCAUCAUACAAAGGACAAAAUGGAGGUGUGUGAGAGCGUAGUGUUGUAGCUAAUGUGUAGUUGUGGUUAGGUUAGGUCGCAGAAGCAAAACUACUGUGUAAAGUGAGAACGUGUAACGAAAACCAACAAUGGAACAAUGGUAAUGUUUGUUUGUUUGUCUUUUCGCUCUUUCUUUUAUGUUGUUUUUGUUUUGUUCUUUUUUUUUCCUAUUGGGUUAUGCGUUUCAUCUAAGUUGUUGUAAAUAGAGCAGCAGACAGGGAAUACAAACACAAUCACACACACACACACCUACUCUGUAAGCUGCAAAAUCUUAAUGAUUCAGGGAUGCAGGGAUCUCUUUGUUUUCGCAAAACUUGCUGCUCCCGAUUUCCUUCGCUCCCAGUCCAGUCCUCCCAUCGCCCACUCCCAGUAAAAGUUUUCCAAAAUAAAGUUUAACAAAAAAAAAAACAAUCGGAACACGGGUUCAGCGAACCGAACAAGUCCAAAGGAUGAGAAUGAAAAUCCAAUCAUUUGCUGCGCCCAGCCACGUGCUCGGUGGCAACCAUUUUGGUUGGGGGGGCGGGGGCUCUUAUUUGUGUCAAAUACAGGAAACCACGUAAUGAUAAGGACGCGCCGGAUGCAGGGGUUUUACCCACCCACCCAUAAAAUUGGUUAAGUUUAGUUAAGCAGGUUCCGGGAAGCUCGAUUGUCCCGUGGUAAAAGAGAGGAAAAAAGGAAGAAAAAAAAAGCUACAAAACUUCCUGGUGCAUACAGCCAUGUUGGAUGUGGAUUUAACGGUGGAGUAGGAUGGGGUAGGUGUAGUAGUGGGUAGGAGUAGGUGGUGGAUAGAGGGGUGAAACAAGAGAGCGAGAGAGGUUUGUGUGUCUUUUGCUUGGGGAGUAUGCAUUUUGUUAGCAAAAAAAAAA